GGAGCUGGGCCUGGCCAGGAAGCUCCUGGGAACUGGGAGAGGGGGCGUGGGGCCAGCUGAGACUGGCCCGCUGGAGGCCUGGGAGAGGCGUGGGAGAGUGACACAAAGACACAGCCAACGACUGAAAGAGACCCACCCUGGGAGACCCAAUGAAAGAGAUACACACACAGAAAGCGAGGGAAACAUUCAUUCAUUCACUCACUCCUCGGUUAAUUUAUAGGGCCUGGGCUGUGUCCCAGCAGUGCUCACGACAGAUGCAAAUCCCUGCCUCCAUGGGGACUGACAGUCUGAUGGGGACACAGCCCAGAAACACGUUAAAUGAGUAAAUCACAGUGUUGGAAGCAAUAAGGGGGGGGGGGGUGGCAGGAGGGCUUAGGAGCCAGACCUUUCUCAUUUGGAGAGAGGGAGGUUCCCAGCAGAAUCCUGCCUUCACCUUCUCCUCCCGAACUCGCUGUAAGCCAGGUGUGGGAUAGGAGAAAUGGAGAGGGGUCUGCGCCCCGAGUCCCUAUCUGCUGGGGAAAGGGGACUGAGGCCACCGCUGCUCUUGCUGAAGACCCCCCCCUAACCUGCGCUGCCAGGGUCCCUCAACGAUGGGGCGUUCUUGGGGUGCAGCCCGGAGGCUCAGCUGGAAGGUAGGCGGGAAACAGGGAGGGGCCAGUGUCCAGUCCCCAGAGGACAGACAGGACCCCUCUGGUGUGGGGCGGGAAGAGGCGCAGGCUGCGACCGCCCCUGCAGAGAACCUCCCCUUCCCGCGAUUCCGGGUCCUCCCACCGCGACGGAGCGUCCCUGGGAAAGAAGUUCAGGUCCGGAGGGGGCAGCCAAGGGCUCGCCGGUGCCAGUCGCCGCCGGGGCGCGCUCCGGUGCCGCGGCGGGUGGCACAGGCUGGCAGCCACGGGCUGGGUGCCCGGGCGCCAAGGGGAGGGGGCAACCGCCUGCGACGGCCAGCGGUCCGCGUUGCGGGCCCGCCCCCUCAGCUCCAGCCCCGCUCCCCGCCCCCCCCCCCCCAUUAGCAGCGUCCCCUCACUCUGCUCCUGGCAGCGCGACUGCGGGGGGCGCACGACCAGGGCGCAGGGCCUUGGGGCGGGCGGCCCAUGGAGCCCGGGCUGCUGCGGCCGGCACCGGUGAGCGAGGUCAUCGUCUUGCAUUACAACUACACAGGCAAGCUUCGCGGAGCACGCUACCAGCCCGGCGCCGGGCUGCGUGCGGACGCUGUCGUGUUCCUGGCCGUGUGCGCGUUCAUCGUGCUGGAGAACUUGGCGGUGCUGAUCGUGCUUGGGCGCCACUCGCGCUUCCAUGCGCCCAUGUUCCUGCUCCUGGGCAGCCUUACGCUGUCCGACCUGCUGGCGGGCGCGGUCUAUGCCGCCAACAUCCUGCUGUCGGGGCCUCUCACGCUGCGCCUGUCGCCCACGCUCUGGUUCGCGCGUGAAGGGGGCGUCUUCGUGGCGCUCGCCGCGUCCGUGCUGAGCCUCCUGGCCAUCGCGCUCGAGCGCCGCCUCACCAUGGCCCGCCGAGGACCCGCACCCGCCUCGCGUUGGGGACGCACGCUGGCGCUGGUGGCCGCCGCCUGGGGCGUGUCGGUGCUUCUCGGACUACUGCCCUGGCUCGGCUGGAACUGCCUGGGCCGCCUGGACGCCUGCUCCACCGUCCUGCCGCUCUACGCCAAGGCCUACGUGCUUUUCUGUGUGCUCGCCUUCCUCGGCAUCCUGGCCGCCAUCUGUGCGCUCUACGCGCGCAUCUACUGCCAGGUGCGUGCCAACGCGCGCCGCCUGCGGGAGCGCCCCCGGGCCGCGGGGGGCGCCUCCGCUCGGGCACGCCACACGCCGCGCUCGCUGGCCCUGCUGCGCACGCUCAGCGUGGUGCUCCUGGCCUUCGUGGUGUGUUGGGGCCCUCUCUUCCUGCUGCUCUUACUCGACGUGGCGUGCCCCGCGCGCGCCUGCCCCGUGCUCCUGCAGGCCGACCCCUUCCUGGGUCUGGCCAUGGCCAACUCGCUUCUGAACCCGAUCAUUUACACGCUCACCAACCGCGACCUGCGCAACGCUCUCCUGUGUCUCGGCCGCCGCGGCCGCUGCCCCUGCAGCGGAGGGCACGGCGCCUCCCAGGGGUCCGAGAGCGCUGCUGGGGCUUCGGGACGCUUGAGCCGCUCGCUGCCCCCUGGCUUGGACGGCAGCUCCAGCCGCUCCGAGCGCUCCUCACCCCGACGGGACGGGCCGGACACUAGCGGCUCCACUGGCGGCCCGGGUGCGCCCACAGCCGCCCGGACCCUGGUACCGGCACCUGCCGCAGACUGACGCCCUUUGGCCCGCCAUUGCCCUCCCGAAGACCUGUUUUUGCAGACUUUUCUUCUUAAAGGAAUUUGUAGGAAAAGCAGCCGAAGGUGGUGGAGACAGAAGAGAUGAAGGGAAAUGUAUUUUAUUGAUGCUAAACCCCACAGCAGUGAACAAACAAAACAGACAAGAAUCGCGGCCCUUGUGGAAUUGACAUUCUGAUGGGGGGCACGGGCAAUAUCGGAGUGGGGAAAUCAUGGAGAUAAUUCCAGCUGCAAUACCGUGAUGCGAUGGUGGUCAGGGGAUGCUUCUCUGCUGGAGCGGUGACAUAUGAUGUAAGCUGAGAGGUCAUUGCCCUGGGGGCACUUGAAAGAAGAGCAUUUCAGGGUGAGGAACAGCAGUGCAAAGGCCCUGAGGCUGGAACAUGCCUGCGCGUUCUAUGAAAAGCAAAGAUCCCCUCACGGCUGGAGCAGCGCUGGAGGGGGUGGAUGGUGGGAGAAACAAAGGCAGGGAGAUGAUGGGACCCACAGUGCAGAGCCCGGUGGGUCCCCUGGAGGACUUUGGUUUUGCUCUGAGUGAGGUGAGAGGCAGAGGGCGGACUUGAUGUGCUUCAGCUGUUCACAGAUCUCUGUAAGGGUGAAGGUAGAAGCUAGAACAAGGUGAAGGUGCCCGCACUGGUCCAGGGGAGCAGCGAUGGGGACUCGGGACCAUGUGGAUUCUGAAUAGAUCUUGGAGACAGCAGACAGGAUUCCCGAGAAAUGGAGUGUGAGAGAAAGAAAAAAAUCAAGGACAGUUUCCCUCCCCGGUUUGGAGGAGAGAAUACCAAAGACAGGGCAGACCUAAAAUUUGACUGUGGGAGACUCAGCCAAUUCCUCUCGGAAACAGGAUUUCUCUGAGCGUGGUGUCAGAUCCUUCGUAAAAAAAUGAAAAUGUAAUAAAAUAAGGAGAACAGUUA